CUUCUUUUUUAUCACAGCCCCCUUCCGCCCCCGUGCCAUUAUGGCACGGGCAAUCCACUAAUAAGAUAAAACAGGAAAACGAAAAUUCGAGAAGGAAAUUUCGAUCGAAAUCGGAUUACUAUUAGUAUGAAUCCUAUAAGAAAUAUAAUCUCUAAUCACAGUCCUUCGUUACUACCUCCUCAUCUGUUCCUGCUAAGCAGUAGUAGAAGUUAUGUUUCUUCAAAUACAUCCCACUUGGAAACUGAAGUGAUUAAUGAAUGCAAGUCUGGCAAAAUUAAGAAUUUAUCUGAUGCUUUGUUUUACUUUGAUAAAUUAGUUUCCACCAAUCCCCUUCCAUCAAAUCUAACAUUCUUUCAUAUAUUCAAAGUUUGAAACUACUAUUACAAAAUGGAAUGUUAUUCAGAUACAAUCACUUUGUAUAGAAAAAUAAAUGGUUUCGGAAUCCAACCUUGUUUCUUUACAUUGAACAUUUAGAUUAACUGUUGCGUUUAAUUAAUGGAAACUGAGUAUGGGUUCAGCUUGUUUGGUAGUGUUCUGAAGAGGGGAUAUGAUCUUGAUAGGAUCACUUUCAGUAAUUUGAAAGAGGGGUUGUGUUUGAAGGAAAGGAUUCAGUCUGCAGCUAAACUAUUUGAGAAAAUGAUUGAAAGAGGAGUUCGACCGAAUGCCAUCACAUGUGGUACGAUAAUAACUGGGCUUGUUAGUGCUGGUGAAUUAGAUCAUGCUGUUGAAUUGCUGAGGAAGAUGGUUAAACAGAAUUGUGAAGCUAAUAUUGUUUGUUAUGGUAUGAUCAUAGACGAGCUAUGCAAAAGAGGAUCAGUUGAGGAGGCUAUGAAUGUGUUUUCUGAAAUGUUAGAUGAUUCGAAUAUUGUACCAAAUGUCAUUGUUUAUAGCUCUCUCAUUAACGGGCUUUGCAGUUCUGGUAGGGUAGGUGAAGCAGUUAGAGUCUUCGACAGCAUGUCUAGUCGAGGAGUUUCUGCGAAUAUAUAUACUUACACUUCUCUAAUCAACGGACUUUGCAGGCGUGGGUUAUGGAAGGAAGCAAUAAGAUAUUACAAUGAAAUGGUGGGGAUUGGGAUUUCUCCCAGUGUAGUUACAUUUAAUGUGUUAAUAGAUUCUCUGAGUAAACAAGGAAAGGUGGAAGAAGCUUCCAAGAUAUUUGAUGAGAUGAUUAAGAUACGGACAGAACCUGAUGUUUAUACUUAUAAUUCCCUGAUGCUAGGUCUGUGUUCGACAGGUAAGAUAGAGGAGGCACGCAGACUCUUUGACUCGAUGACAGGUAAGGGCCUUGAACAAAAUGAUUACAGCUUCAAUUUGUUGAUUAAUGGAUACUGCAAGAGGUCUCGGUUGGAUGAAGCUAUUCAACUGUUCAGAAAAAUGCAAAAAAUGGGAUUGAAACCCGACCAAGUUACCUAUAAUACAUUACUAGAUGGACUAUGCAAGGCCGGAAAAGUUACUACAGCACUUACCAUGUUCAGUGAGAUGCAAUCAUAUGGAGUAUCUCCGGAUAUAGUUACAUAUAAUGCACUGAUGAUUGGGUUGUGCAAAGCUGGAAACACUGAGAAGGCAAGAGAAUUGUUUUUUGAACUCCCGAAGAAAGGAUUAUCUGCGGACGUUGUAUCAUAUACCACUAUCAUCAAUGGCUUGUGCAAAGAAGGAAUGCUUAUUGAAGCUGAAAAAUUGAUCAAUGAGAUGAAAAAUAAAGGGUGAUACCAAAUGCCACUACGUAUGGUACCAUUAUUAAGGGUUAUAUUGAGGAAAACAAUGUUACAAAAGCAUUACAGUUUCUCAAAGAAAUGAGAGGAAGGAAAUUGUCACUGAAGGAUGCCACUAAAUCUCUGCUAAUCAGUUCCAUGUCUGCAGAUCAACUCAAAAACUUGCAAGGAUGGUCAUCUUGAUCAAUAACUACUAGGUAAUUUAUUUACUUUGUUGUAAUAAGUAGACAUUCUUAAACAGUUGGAGCUUGUCAGUUGUAAAAAAACAACUUGCACAGCCUUAUCAUUAUUGGAACACUAAUCAACGGGUUUAUUAACUUGACUCGAACCAGAAACAUUCA